CCAGGCUUCUUACUACGAGCAAAAGGUCACUCCUCAUCAUCCACACAAUUCAUAAUCAUCUGACCAUCGAGAAUCACUUCACUCAAACACAUCUCAAAACAGUCAACAGACCCAUAGCCUCUCUGAAUAGGACUACAAGAACCACACCAAAUAUUUGAUUGGAUUCUGACUUGGAUGUCAAUCUGUGCGCAGAGAAAGAUGAUUAUCUUGCGAUAUCUAAUGGUUUUGCUCUCUAGCUGUUCCCUGGGAGAAACUUUAAUUCUGAAAUCCUCAGAGCAGAAACCCAAAGCAACUCCAACAGACUCUGCUCCAGUCAUCACUCUGAACAGGUGCCGAUGGGAACCCCUUUCAGACAUAAAACAGUUCCUGCUGAGGGGUCUGAACCUGCAGCGAGAGCCUCGGAUGGAGGGGGCUGGACUGGCCUCACUGAGGGAGCAGUGGAAGGCUGUGUUCGCAACUCAACACAGUGACUCUCAGACAACACUGGACAGCAAUGUAGUGAACUCCAAGCCAGAGUUCUCUGGAAACACAACAGGGCCACACUGCUGUCAACUGGUUUCUCAGAUCUUCAUACAAGACCUGGGCUGGGAGAACUGGAUCAUCUACCCAGAGAGCUUCACCUUCACCCAGUGUGCAGCCUGCACCCCACAGCUGAACCCCGCAGGUCCACUGUGUGGCGCACACCUUUCCCCACAGGACCCCCCUCCACAGGUUUCCUGCUGCAAACCUGCAUCCCGACACCUGGUGCCAGUGCUUUACCUGGAUGACUACAACACACUGGUCAUCUCCUCUGUGUAUCUGACCCGGAGCUGCAGCUGCACACCACAGAUCAACCCCCAUCACCCUACAAACUAAACAUGUCAAUUUUUCAACUGUUUUAUACUAUAGUUUAGAGCUCUGUAUUCUACAUGUUAUAUACUGUACAUGGUCAUGCUCACAUAAACCCCCACCUCCCUACUAACUAAAAAUGUCCAUUCUCCAAGUGUUCUAUACUAUGGUAUAGAUUUCUGUAAAUUGGACCUACUUCAUUAUGUAUGGUCCUGCUCACAGAACUGAUGUCGCAAAUCAAAACAUAGGGUUACUUUGAAUGAGGUGUUACUUUGACUGUCUGUUGUUGCUGAUCUAGUUUUUUGGGAGUUCUUAUAACUAUAAUCACCAUAAUACUGUUCAUGGAAUUUACCUACUUUAUUGUAUAGUUAUUGGGGCUGACAUGCAAAGCAUCAUUGUGGUUUUGUCGAAAUAGCUUCAUUAUAUUGUGUAAUACGUUUUUAUCCAGUGUAAGUACAGUACAUUCAGAAAGUAUUCAGACCCCUUGACUUUUUCCACAUUUUGUUACAUUACAGCCUUAUUCAAUC